AAUAGAAAUUUUCACCUUCAUUUUUCCGCCAUUUCUUUCAAAUCAGUUCACAAUGAGAGAGAAAUAUGAAUGCUCGCACAAAGAAAAGGAUUGAGAAGAAGUGCAAAAUCAGAGGCUACAACAUCAAACUCGAAGCCCUCGACGAGAUCCUCUCCUUCGUCACUCGAUUCGAACUCACCUAACAAGAAAAGGGUUUAGGGUUUAGCCAUCUCUAUCUCAUCUUCAUUGUUUGCGACUGUCGACUGUGACUUUUCAAUGGAGGCCACGGCCGCCGCAGCCGCUGCUCGCGGCGUUUCUCUUCAGUUGCAGACUCCGCCGAGGAAAGAAUGGCGCGUUGUUUCUGAACAUCAUCAUUCCGCCAGAAACCCUGACGGUGAGUCAACACACAUGGCCUCUCAGCAGAUAACAGAAGAAGCUGUUUACCUUUGCACUGGAAAUCCAUUGCCCAAAGACAUUGAGCAAAUAUCUUACUGGCUUCUAAAUGAACAAUAUUCAGAGAGCUUUAAAAGAAUUAAUGAUUUGAAAACAAGGAAAGGGCUGACCCUUGUUGAUAUUGUAAGAGAAGUGACAAUGUUUGUAUUUAAGAUUAAGAUACCUCCAGCUGUUCGAGUGCAAUUGGUGAAUGAUUUGGCUGACAUAGAAUGUUUUAGUGUUUGUGCAGGUGCAUUGCAUAUAGAUGUUGUAGUGAUUGAAUCAGAUGAUGUAGUAACUGCGGUAGCAGAGGAAGUAACUAAGGACACUUUAACCAAACUUGUCGUUGGAGCUUUGUCUUCUGGUAUUUUCAGAAGGUAUAAACAUAAGGGUAUGUCUGCAAGAAUCUCAGUAUGCACUCCAACAUUUUGUACGGUUUACGCUGUUUCAAAGGGAAAAUUGUCCAUACGGCAAUCAGACACACAAAUUGAUGGAAGUACUACGGAUAACAUGAGUGAAAUCAGUUUUUCCUCAAGCGACUCAUCAAACUUCACUCUAGGUUCUUGAUGAUGAGCCGUGCUCAUCGGAUGGCGUGCAUGAAAUUGAAUUGCUUAUACCAUUUUUGAGUAAUAGUUCUAUUGAAGCAUACAGCCAAAAAGAUGUUUCUGGUAUUCUUUCCUUUAGUGGCACAAUAUGUUCUUUUGCAUACCUGAAUUCAAAAGAGCCAAUUUCACAAGCUGUUACUGAUUUGAAGGUGAGUAAUCAUAAUACAUGAUGAAACCUCUGCUCUUUUAUUCAAGAGCUCUCUUAAGUUUGACAUUUGUUUGGAAAUAUCUUCCCCGAAGUAUGGUUAUUUGGAUGUACACCCUCUCAUGUGUUUAUGACUCCGCUUUAAUCACUUCCUGAUCUUUUCUAAUAUUGUCAUGGAUCACAAUUCUGUGCAAAGGGAGAUAUCAUUACGAGCCUGCAAAGUAUAUUGGAUAUAAUCUGUGAUGAGACAGAUGUUGAUUCAGAUAAUCAUCAUGAUGUUGGAAGGCAAAUAAGUGAUGAUGAUGUAUCAGUUGAAAAGCCUGUUUCUCAACUUGUGCUGCAUUUAUUGAGGUUUUAAAAGAUCACUGUAUGGAGUUGUUAUCCAUGGAAGCUCCAACCGAGGCCUCUACAAUUUUGGAGCCAGAAAAAAAAGUCAUAUCAUUCAAAACUAAAUCUUUCUGGGAUGUAGCAAUACCCUCUUAUUCAGAAACACACCUCGUGGAGGACAAGUUGAAACUUGAUGGCAGAGGAGAGAGUUCUAGUAAUAAAUCGGCGAAGUCAGGUCAAAUUAGUGUUGUAGCUGCUGGUCUCAUCCUUCUACUAUCUAUCUUAGUUGGUUUUGUGUUAUUUGUCCUUAAGCGGUGAUGGCUUUAUCUCUGCAUAAAUUCUCUCAUCUCUCCAACACGAAUGCACAAUUCACGUAGUUUCCAAAACUGCAUAACUUUUAUACUUUCAAACUUUACAGCAGCCGGUUUGGAAUUUGUUUUUGAAGGAAUGGGGAAGAUCCUUGCCUGGUAUCAACAGCAGUAACAAAAUCAUCAUCAUGUAUUUGUGGAUUAUGUCCGAGUGCUUCGUAGGAUUUUGAUUGUUUCAUUCAUUUGAAAUUUGUAGCUGAAAUCACACCUUUUGUGGUGGCAGAGAUUGAAUUCAGCAAGAGAAUUAUAGCUCAAAAAGAAUGUGAGAGUUGUGGAGGGUCAGGACUUGUUUUUAUCGAAAAGAACUAUUUUCGAUGUCCCGAAUGCG